AUGUUCAGCAGGUUUCAUGUCUCGCAGGCAUCUUUCUUAAGUGUGUGGGUGGAAAGGAAAGCCAUUUUUGGUCAAUCUGAACAAGAAGAUCCUCAUGAUGUUUGUGAAGAUGGUGAAUUACGAGAAGAUGACGCUGCAAGCACUAUUGAUGAUGAGGAAUAUAUCCCUCCCGUCAAUAAAAUCAGUGACUCUUCCGACAGCGAUUUUGUAACUGCUGGACAAGAGGAAGCAGAGAAGUUGCAAAUAAAUGUUGCUUUACCUAUAGCAGACACAGUGAAAGGAAAAAUUCAGAUGGAAGGUAAUAUUUCCACUGGGAGUAGUGAGACAGCUAAUGAGGGAACAACAUGGACUAUUACACGAACGAAAGCUGUUCCUGGAAGACGUCCACAGCAAAACACCUCGAAAGUAGCACCAGGACCUAUCACCAGGACCUAUAGGCUAUGUGAAGAGAAGUGUACAGAAAAUAGAGGUCUCCGAGAGCUACAUCAUGCUGAGUGGACCAUCAGCGUCAAUGCAAUAGAAGCCGCAAUAUCACUUAUGUGUUUACGAGGCAUAUAUGGAGCAAAAAACUUUCUGUUGAAGCUGUUAUGGUCGAAUACAUGUGGACCAGCAUUUUUUCGGAACACAAUGAACAGAAAUAAGUUCACCGAAAUUUUACCGCUUAUGUGA